AUGCCCAUCUGUCGUUACGAGAUUCUCGAUGGAGGACCAUCCGGACAGCCCAUUCAGUUCGCCACCAUCGGUCAACAGGUGUACCACAAGUGGACUUGUGAUUCCGAGACCACCGACACCUUCUGCGCCGUCGUCCACACCUGCACUGUUGAUGAUGGAAACGGUGAUACGAUCACAGUUGUUCUACCAGUGCCAGAUCAGUAUUUCAAUCAACGGUACCAACUCUUUGAAGAUAAAUAUCCAGACAUGGACCCCGGAAGUGAGUGCCCUCGUCCAUCGUGCGCUGAGCCCACUGGUUUCGGAGCCGUCAAGCAGGGAACCCCUAAAACUGAAGCAGUUGCUGCUGGUGCUGCUGCAGGACCAGCCGGAGCAGUGGAAGCAAGGGACGGAGCAGUGGAAGCUGCUGGAGCAGCUGGAGGAGCCGCAGGUGGAGCUGCCGGUGGUGCAGCUGGUGGAGCUGCAGGAGCCGUUGGGGCAACCAGAGGAGCUGCAGCUGGAAUUGCUGCCGGAGCUGCACAGUUGAGACUGCUAAGAAAGAGAGCAGUCAACAAUGAGGCAAUUCUGGAUGUUCGAGCUGAGAUCUCAGCAAUUGAGAUCACUGACAACGACUCGCUGCCAUCAGCACUUCGAGCCAUCGCACCAGCUGCGCUCGUCAGCAACGACCGCUUCGACUCCACCGUGUGCCUGUCUCCUCUCUCGUUCGCUGCUUUCAUCGGCCUGGGAAUCCUUCUGGCCACGGCUCUAUCAGCCUUCGUUUUCUACACUGCACGACCCCAUCACAAGUUCUAA